GUUGUGCUGCUAGAUUUCAAACAGAGUUUGAAGUUAUUGCUGUGAUUGAUCUUCCAUUUUCUGGCCUGAAAAACAUUCAGGAAUAGAGGAAGAGAUGGCAGUUUCUUGGGGCUCAGUGACCUAUGAAGAUGUAACUGUGAUAUUCACUCAAGAGGAGUGGGCACUAUUAAAUCCUUCACAGAAGAAACUCUACAGAGAUGUGAUGUGUGAAAACUUCAGAAACUUUCUUUCAAUAGAAAAGAUACAAGAACAUUCCACCAAAGAGCAGCAUAACUUGCCUGGAAGUAAACAAAGGAAUACAGCUGUGAAAAUCUCUGAGGGCAAAGAAAGUCAAAAUGGUCACAAAUCUAAAGAAUAUGAAGUAUACAACAAAUUAUUCACUUAUUGUAAUCAUCUUGACCAACAUGAAAGAACUCACAGUGGACAGAAACCCUAUGAAUGUAAACUAUGUAGUAAAACAUUCAGUCAUUCCAGUAGUCUUAGGACACAUGAAAGAAUUCACAGUGGAAAGAAACCCUAUGAAUGUAAACUAUGUAGUAAAACAUUUGGUCAUUCCAGUAGUCUUAGGACACAUGAAAGAAUUCACAGUGGAGAGAAACCCUAUGAAUGUAAUCUAUGUAGUAUAACAUUCAGGCAAUCUGGUACUCUUCGGCUACAUAAAAGAAUUCACAGUGGAGAGAAACCCUAUGUAUGUAAACUAUGUAGUAAAACAUUCAGUCGUUCCAGUAGUCUUCGGAGACAUGAAAGAACUCACUGUGGAGAGAAACCCUAUAAAUGUAAACAGUGUAGUAAAACAUUCAAUCGUUCCAGUCAUCUUCAGACACAUAAAAGAAUUCACAGUGGAGAGAAACCUUAUGAAUGUAAACUAUGUAGUAAAACAUUCAGUCAUUCCAGUAGUCUUCAGAGACAUGAACGAAUUCACAGUGGAGAGAAACCCUAUGAAUGUAAACUAUGUAGUAAAACAUUCCGAGAUUCCAGUAGUCUUCGGACACAUGAAAGAAUUCACAGUGGAGAGAAACCAAUUGAAUGUAAACAGUGUAGUAAAACAUUCAGUUGUUCCCGUAGUCUUCGGAGACAUAAAAGAACUCACAGUGGAGAGAAACCCUAUGAAUGUAAACUAUGUAGUAAAACAUUCAGGCAAUCUAGUAAUCUUCAGGAACAUGAAAGAACUCAUAGUGGAGCGAAAUCCUAUGAAUGUAAACAGUGUUGUAAAACAUUCAGUUCCCAUAGUCUUCGGAAACAUGAAUGAACUCAGUGGAGAGAAACCCUAUUGUUGUAUGCUUCACAUUGGUUUUGGUCUCCCCCCCUCCCCCCGCCUCUGGGAGAUUGUGGUUUAGCCCCUGCUAGUUUUGUGCUUCCCCAUCUCCCCGCCCCCUACCGUACGUACUUCCUGAGUUCCUGUGGCAGCCGCCGGAGGAGAAGGAUUCAGGACAGAUCUGUGUGGUGAUUAGGAGUCCCUCUCUGCUGUCGGAGGAGAAAGAUGGAGGAAAACAUUGCCCGCUCGUGAAUAAAAAUUAAACUGUG